UGCGCCACCCUGCCAUGUGACCUGUCACGUGACUUUUGGCUCUCCGCCCCCCUCUGCUAAACAACUCCAUUCUAGCAUCUACUGUGCUACCUGGGAUACGCUGAGCAUGCAGCGGAGAGCGCAGGAGGACAGGGAGGUGCAGCCCCCGGGUCAGGAGAACGAGGUGCGCUUCCCUGGGCCCCGACCCUUCCGCUUGCUGGAAUGGAAGGUAUCCAUUGGCGUGUCCGUUCAGAUCGGCUCGGUGCUGGCUUUGGGGGUUACUAUCCCGGCUGCGGAGAGCAGAGAACAGCGUGGCCCGCAGCAGGAGGCGGGGAGGCCACACAGACCACCUGAGAGGAAAGUCAAGUCGGACCGGGCCGGAGUGGUGCUGGAGCUGUGUGUGAAGCCGGGGCAAGUCAUCUCCGCGGGGGGUGUCUUGGUGAGGUUAUCGGGUUGUAGCCAUCCUGUGGUGAUGAAAGGCCUGUGUGCAGAAUGUGGUCAGGAUUUGACACAGAUGCAAAACAAGAAUGGAAAGCAGCAGGUACCAAUGUCAACAGCUACCGUUUCCAUGAUUCACAGUGUCCCAGAACUGAUGGUCAGCACAGAGCAAGCAGAACUGCUAGGACGGGAAGACCAGCAAAGAUUACAUCGAAAUAGAAAACUUGUUCUUAUGGUUGACUUGGACCAGACAUUAAUCCAUACUACAGAACUGCAUUGCCAACAUAUGUCUAGAAAGGGCAUUUUUCAUUUUCAGUUAGGUAGAGGAGAACCAAUGCUGCACACCCGCCUGCGUCCUCAUUGUAAAGAGUUUUUGGAGAAGAUUGCCAAGUUGUUUGAGUUGCAUGUUUUCACCUUUGGCAGCAGGCUUUAUGCACAUACUAUUGCAGGGUUUUUAGAUCCAGAGAAGAAACUAUUCUCUCAUCGAAUAUUAUCUCGGGAUGAAUGUAUUGAUCCAUUUUCCAAAACAGGGAAUCUUAGGAACCUUUUUCCUUGUGGGGACUCGAUGGUUUGCAUUAUAGAUGAUCGAGAAGAUGUGUGGAAAUUUGCACCUAAUUUAAUUACAGUUAAGAAGUAUUAUCAGGGAGGGGGGAAUCCAGCCCCUCCCCUGGCACGGCAGAGAACCGUGACAGGAUCGAGAGUGAGCUGUCCAAAAUCUAGUAAGGUGCAGCCAUCUGAACCACCUACACAGCCUCCUGGCCAGUCCAAGGACAUUUCUGUAGAGGAACAGAGCAAUGGACUUGGGAAAGCCACGAAGGAACUCAAUGGUGAUCCUCCAUGCAGCAAUCUUCUCAAACAGGAGUCUGAUGCCAGCGAUGGACUACAAGAACAAGACUCUGAAUCUAGUCCGCAUACUGGCAGCAAGGAUUCCACACCGCUGCCAGAAGCUCAGCCACCUAUUGAUCAGGGUGAAAGGACGAUAGUUACUAAAUCUAUGUUAAAGACUGGGGCAGCAAAAGACUUAGACUUUGAUCUUUCAAGUGAUAGUGACAGUGAUACUGAAAUUAGGAAAACACCGUCCCCUUCUUCUGGGAGUGAAAAUGAAUGUAAAAGAAGUUGGAGAAAGUCAAAACAUUUAGACCAGGAAUCUGCUGUUUUACAGGAAUCUUGCAAAGAGGAUUUACCUGAAAAGCAGUGGACUAAGAACCAUAACAGUGCUGAAAGACUGACCUCAGAUGCAAAAGAGAAACUCCUGACAGAGGAUGAUGAUAUGGAAGCUCAUAGUGUGGCUCAAGAUGGUCUUUGUGACUUGGGUAAUGGUUGUGCAGACAAGAAAGAGAUAGAAACAGAGUCCCAAAAUAGUGAGCAGUCUGGUAUUACAGUAGGAGAGUCGCUAGAUCAGAGUAUGGAAGAGUAUGAUGACGAUAGCGAUGACUUAGAUGAAGAUGAUCAUUUAAUAUACCUUGAGGAAAUUCUUGUUAGGGUACACACAGAUUACUAUGCAAAGUAUGACCGAUUCCUGAAGAAAGAGUUGGAGGAGGUGCCUGACAUCCGUAAAAUAGUGCCAGAGCUGAAAAGCAAAAUUUUAGAAAAUACAGUGAUUGCAUUCAGUGGCCUUCAUCCCACAAACAUUGCCAUUGAGAGGACACGGGAAUACUAUCACGCCAGAGCUCUGGGCUCAAGGAUCAGCAGACAACUGGUUUUAAAUGAGGAUGAACCAAACCGGGUGACGCACCUUAUUGCAGCUAGGGCAGGUACUGAAAAAGUUAGCAAAGCUCAGAACUGCAAACAUCUUUAUGUUGUGAACCCAGACUGGCUUUGGAGUUGCCUGGAGAGGUGGGAAAAAGUAGAGGAGCAACUCUUUCCCUUAAAAGAGGAUUACUUAAAGUCUCAGAGAGAACUUAGCCCUACUAGCUUCCCAGACAUUCAUGCUACACUCCAGAUUCCACUCUAUCAUCCUACCCCCAUUCACCCAAAGUCCCAGCCAUGUCCUGAAGUUCGACAGUAUGACCCAGUCACUGGCAAGCUUAUUCGGAAAGGAUCACAGGGUUCCAGUCAGUCUCCAUACAUUCAGUCACCCUGCCCGUCUCUGGGCCUAGCUGUCCACGGAGAACACUCAUCCUUCAGAGUUGUUCAGCCCAAUCAAGAACAACUGUUUGUUGAUGAUGAUGAUGAUGAUGAUGAUGAAGAGCUGCCUACAGCAAGUGCAGAGGAGGAACAGUCUGGUCCAGCUCGAAGAAAGCGUCAGCCUAGCAUGUCUGAAAGUAUGCCUUUGUAUACCCUUUGCAAGGAAGACUUGGAGAGCAUGGAUAAGGAAGUUGAUGACAUUUUGGGAGAAGGAAGUGAUGACAGUGACAGUGAGAAGAAAAAGUCUGCAAAGGUAAAGAAGUCCCAGAGUACAAAAGAAGAACGUUCAGAGAAAACCUCAGGAUCCAGGGGGGAAUCAUCUUCAUCAAGUGAGCAAAGCCUGACGGACACAACAUCACGAGGCCACAAGAGAAAAUUGGAUGUAGAUGAAGAUGAGGAAGAUGCUGAAGACGAUAGAGCAAGUGAGUCCAGCAAUGAAGAGGAGGAAGGAAGCAGCUCGGAGGCAGAUGAGAUGGCAGCAGCGAUUGAAGCAGAGCUCAAUGAUUUCAUAUGACAUUUUUGUCAAAGAGGGAAACCAUUAGUAACUUGUGUACUUGCACAAUUAAACAAAAUGACCUUUCAUGUCUGCUACUUCAGUGUAUGUACGGAUUUUUUUCAAAGGCAGAAGUAUCUUUUUGUAUAUUUUGAUGGGAACAUGUUAUUUUACACAUUUCAGGCUACUUCUUUUAAAGGUGUUUUAGUAAAAAAAAAACUAAACAUUUUUUUCCAUCUUUUUUCUUAACGGAGAAGUGUUAUCAGAAAAGGUUGUGCUAUGCCAAAGACGUAAAGCUUUUGUCUGAGCUUUCUAGACUUUGACAGGGGGCUGUGCUUUGUGUCUGUUGUUCGUUUUUAAUUUUGUCUUGGUUUUCUGAAGGGGUUUGAGGGUGAGCACAGUCCAGCAGUGGACAAAAGCUCCAUAACAUGGGAAGGACACUUUAGUCUAUAUUUGUGUGCUUUCCAGGUAUAUAUAUAUAUAUAUCAAACAUAAGACUUUUUUUUAAAGGAAUACCAUAUAUAUAUAUAUUUGUAUAGAUCUAGAAAAUAUGUUAUGAGAAAAUUGUAAAUUUGACAGACUUGUCACUUGCCUCUAAUGUCACUGAGUAAAUUUCUUGUUUUUACACAUUCCUCUGCACAUUAGUUUGGAUUUGUUAGAAAAUGGUGAUUAGAUUUUUAACCUUGC